AUGGGCUAUCGUUUUUUAGGCUUCUCCUACUAUGCUAAAGCCACAUCCCUCACUCCCGAAUAUUAUCAGACCCUGUUGGACCACUAUUGGAGGCGCUCCGGCACGACCCUCUAUCGGCCGGACCAGCUCCAUGCGUGCUGUGUUCACUACACUCUCCGGCUGGACUCCACCCAGUUCAAGCCCACCCGGGAUCAGCGCCAAACGAUUAACCGCUUCAACAAGUUCCUGACGGGAGAGGCCUACACAAAGGAGGCGGCCCGUCUCCACCCGCGCACACGCGAGCAGGCAAGGAAGCGGGAUUCCGAAUUCGAUCUGAUUGAGAGGGUCCACGAGGCGGAGUACGACUCGCUACAGGUGCCUCCCGAGCCCGCUCACGUCUUCACCGUCACCCUGGAGCAUGACGACUUCACCGAGGAGAAGUACCUCGUGUACGAGAACUACCAACGCGUCGUUCACAAGGAACAGCCUGCGGAUAUCACGAGGCGUGGCUUCCAGCGCUUCCUGUGCGAGUCUCCUGUUCAGCGCAAGACAAUCACGACAGCCGAUGGCAAGGAGCAGCGUCUGGGAUCCUUCCAUCAGUGCUACCGCCUAGACGGCAAGCUGGUGGCCAUUGGCGUCUUGGAUUUGCUGCCCCACUGCGUCAGUGCCGUGUACUUCCUCUACCAUGAGUCCAUUCACAAAUACGCCCCAGGGAAGCUGGGCGCGAUUCGCGAGAUUGCUCUGGCGAGGGAGGGGGGCUAUCGCUACUGGUACCCUGGGUUCUAUAUCCACACGUGUCCCAAGAUGCGGUACAAGAUGGACUACAUGCCGCAGUACAUACUGGACCCAGAGACUCUAGCUUGGGAUCUGAUGGACAAACGGGUUACGGACCUUCUUGACAAGAAGCAGUAUCUGAGCUUGUCCAAGGAAGCCCCCAAUAGUCUGGGAGAUGACGGCUCCGAGGAAGCCACGGAAAAGACAACGGCAGGCAAUGAGCUUGCCGGGGAAGACCCUAUGGACGAGAGCGACGACGACGAUGGCGAUACCUUUCUUUUCAACACUGGCAUGCCGGGCGUCAUGUCCCUGGAUGAGAUUCGCUCCAUGGACCAGAUGGACCACCUCAAGCUGCGAAUAGACGGCUCCGGCAUGCUCUUCGAGACGGGCGACCUGGUGGCCUGGCAGCGUCAGGACGUCGGGGCGAGCGGGUGUCUGAAAGCUGGAAUUGCAGAGUUGGUGGCCGCUUUGGGGCCUGAAUUGUUGGAUGAUCUAGUAGUAGACUUUUGGAAUCCUCAUCUUUAA